AUAAAUAGAGAGUUGGAGCAGCCUAGAGGCUGUUGGUUGAAGGGCACACAAGAGAGGAGGAAGAGCUGGCCUAAGAUAGCCACAGAUCCCUGGUCUGGCCUGAGCACCUUCAGGAAGUGGUGGAAGGCGAGCGACUUCUGGCAGUCACAGGAGCCCGGCAGAAGCAAACACAGACAAGGGAGCUCCUUGUGCAGAGGGAGCGAAGUGAGAGAGAGAGACACGCCAAAGGCGAGCGGCGCUAGGGCCCCGCAGGAACCUCCGUCCGGGCGGCUCCGCGGCAGUGACUCGCUCGGGCGUGGUAGAUCCCGCAGUGCCUCUGCCGGAGAUCCGCCCGUUGCAGGAGCGACCCCGGAGAAGCCACCGCCAGAAGAAGCAGGGCAGCUGCAUUGAUCCCUCUUCCUAACUUCUCAGAAUGUUUCUUGUCAAAAACUUCCUUGGCGGAGGUGGCGGCGGCGGAGGAGGAGGAGGAAACAUCAACAUCGGCAAUGUCAUCGGAGGAUUUUUAAGCGGUGGAGGUGGUGGAGGCCGGGGAGGUGGCGGCGGCGGCGGCGGCGCCAUGGGGAUCCUAGGAGGAGUCAUCAGCGCUAUCAGUGAAGCAGCAGCACAGUAUAACCCAGAACCCCCGCCGCCUCGCAGCCACUUCUCCAACAUCGAGGCCAAUGAGAGCGAGGAGGUGCGGCAGUUCCGGAGGCUCUUCACGCAGCUGGCAGGAGACGAUAUGGAAGUGAGUGCUUCGGAGCUGAUGAAUAUCCUCAACAAAGUGGUUACCAGACAUCCAGACUUGAAGACUGAUGGGUUCGGGAUCGACACUUGCCGCAGCAUGGUGGCCGUCAUGGACAGUGACACAACUGGGAAGCUGGGCUUUGAGGAAUUCAAGUACCUCUGGACCAACAUCAAGAAGUGGCAGUGUAUCUACAAACAGUACGAUACGGACCGGUCUGGGACCAUCAGCAGCAAUGAGCUCCCAGGGGCCUUUGAGGCUGCAGGUUUCAAGCUCAAUCAGCAGCUGUACAGUAUGAUCGUGCGCCGAUAUUCAGAUGAGAACGGGAACAUGGACUUUGACAACUUCAUCAGCUGCCUUGUGCGCCUGGACGCCAUGUUUCGUGCCUUCAAAUCUCUGGACAGAGACGGCAGUGGACAGAUCCGUGUGACGCUGAAGGAGUGGCUGCAGCUCACCAUGUACUCCUAAGAGCCAGCCUGCUAGUGAGUCCACACCUUCCCCCGAUGUCACCGAGCCUGUUCUGGAACAUCUUGGAGCUCUGCACUCCCUUUGAUUUGCAGUCCUCCCUUGGAGGCAGAAGGAAUCCCAGUCUCUCCUCUUCUGCGUUCUCUUCUGCCCCUUUUUCCGAAGCAGAAAGGGGCCUCUCUUCCCUGUCCCCCCCCCCGUUGCGUUGUUUUGCAGUUGUAAUCGCCAGUAGACAAUUAAGUGCAGAUAUUUUACGUGUUCCAUUCUAACCCAUUUACUAACGCUGCUUUUUCUGCUGAUGAGUGUCUUGCUAAAGGGGCUUCCAGUUUGGAGUGGUGAUCUGCCUUCUCCAUGCUGGUUCGCUUUCUAGCGAUGCCAUGCAGCUUAUAGGACUUUGCCAGUUGGCGAUGGAGCUGUGGGUAUAGCCCUUGUCCCAAGGGAAGCCACAGCACCCCUGUUGUGUGAGGGACUUGCGUGCCUUGUGACUGGUUGGUUGCAAGAUCACAGUGGCUGCGGUAUGCGCUCUGUACCAUGCGCUGUGGUUGGUGCGCUACCCACUGACAAUCCACACUUCUGGGAUGGAUGGCUUGGGCUGCCAUUUGAACUUCGUCUGUCAGAGGUAGAUAUUCUGGGUCAGUGGAGGGGGCAGCCACACAAAUGCUCAGAGUGAGGGGGUUGUCUUCCCAGAGACAUCUGGUGGGCCAUUGUGGGAAACAGGAAGCUGGACUAGACAGGCCUUGGGCCUGAUCCAGCAAGGCUCUUAUGUUCUUACAGAACAAUGCCUCUUUGGAAAAACUGGGGGAAAUAUUCUCUUAGCAAUCUGCAUGGCAGCAACGUUAAAAGCAAUAGGGCAGGAACCGGGGAAGCCCACCAGAAACUAUUUAACUACUAGUGUUAUAAAGGCUUGUGUAGUGUGUGUGUGUGUGUGUUGUUUUUUAAAAGAUCUAAAGGCAGCUGGUAUAGCCCUGCCCAAAAUGAUUGUUUUGAAUGAUUGUUUUUUAUAACAACUAACAGCCAAAGCCAGUACACUCAGGCACUCCCUCCCAGGCACUUAUAAAACACUCUUUCUGUGCAUGGAAAUGAAGGCUUCUGUACCCUACCGACCCGACCCGACCCACAACCACCAAACCCACGUUGCAUGCACAGAGACUGCAUGUGUUUUGAAGGAAUAAAGUGUAGCAAGACAUCUGGCUCUAUAUAUUGUGCCUUGGACAAUAAAACAUAUUGGCAGGUAUUUCUCCAACACA